GUUUAUGGUGCACGUGGCUUACAUAAUGAGUACCUUCUCCUACGUAUACUCCGCCCAAACUCCGCCUUUAGUUACUUAGCAUAGUCAUCCGAAUUCAUUCAAGUUUCGUUCCUCGUUCCUCCUGCUGUCCGAUGUCAAUCAUCAAGUACAGUGUGAAAUGUCGUACCCGACACCGACAGAGCAGAAGAUGCACGAACACUUAGGCGAUACUUGGCAUUUGAAAGACAAAAGACUACGCGGCGCUUCCAUGAGUGGGUUGUCCAACGUCAUUUUGGACUGCUUCUGAGGAUUGUUAUCACGCCGAUCGUGAUAGCAACCACUUAAGGGUGGCCGAUGCUUCUGUUGUGGCCAUGGCCUCGUGUCGCUCCAGAUUUGCUAUAAAGGUUCGCCCCGCGUCCCAACUCGUCUACGUCUACGCUGUCCUGUUCUACCACAACCAUGUCCGGCGACAGCGACAAAGAGCGCGAAGAUCGCUUCCACUAUUCCAACCGUCGCCGCAAGGUCACCCGCCAAUGGCUGCGCGAACCUGACGGCGAACCGCUCCCGCGCCCGCCGCCCGUUGGGACGCGUGCUCCGAACGGGCUCAUCUGGGGACACACCUGCGAGGACCUCAUGUGGAUCCAGCGCAUCCCGAAGGUGGACGUGCUCACCGUCUGGUCGCGCAGCAUGAUCAAGGAGUUCGGCGAGAACUACGACGAGGCCGAGUUCGACGCGCCCGAGCCGCGCCCGCGCGUGCGCCGCCCGUGGCCCGUGCUGCGCCUCCCGGACACCGUGUUCGACAAGAACGUACCGCCCGUUGGCGCGUACGACGAGGGCUCGGACCACGAGGAUGAUUCCGGGUCGGACGUGCGCUGGUGGCGUGUGCGUGUGGACGACCCCAAGACGGGCAAGGCGAUGAAGGACAAGAUCGUCGAUCGCGUCGUAAUCGAAGACAUGGACGACGUGUUCGUGCCUAACGACGGGGACAAGCCUGUCAUCUCUCCGCUGGGCCAUCCAUACGCUGCGCUGUGGAAGCAGGAGUUCCGCAAGCUGUACGCGGCUGCUGGACCGACAGAGCUGCGUACUCGAUUCACAGUCAUCGGGCGACACGGUAAUAAGAACGGCCGCUGUGAGCUGGCCGAUGGCACGGGGCUCAUGGCGGUCAUCAUGGGAGAGUAUGACGACGACGAGGAUUCUGAGCCCGGGCUGCUUAUUAUCGACAGUAAUCGCCUAGUGCACAUUCGUCAUGAUCCGAGCCCAGUGAUCUUCCUCAACAAGGCGAAGAAUGCCAGAACCGAUGGCGAGGAGCAGGCCGCCGGUAGGGAAACACGGGAGUGUGACGGAGACAAGCCCGGAGGUCCGUUGGAGGAUACGAAGGAAAGUGCAGGCGGCGCAGCCGAAGAUCAGGACGUUGACGUGCCUAUGCAUGUCGCGACUGAUUCAAGCGAUGGUGACAGCGAGUCUCUUUCUCGACCGCCGUCAGAAUCGGUGCAUCCAGACGCAGAGGAGGAAGAGCAUGAUAUCGCGGGGUCAAGCCGACCACGACUGGCGGACACUGAGUCCUUGGAGGACAGCAAACCGCGCUUCGCUGUAUCCAGUCCGGAUAGUGACGAACACAAGGCUUUCGAGCCAUCCGGGCUGUUAACCGAGGGUGAAGACACAGUAGUCGAAGAAACUCUUCCUCCGGAUGAAGGCGAUGAGGCUGUUGCGGAGGAGACUCCAGCAGAGGCUUCAAAAGACUACAUGAACGACGAUGGCCGUUUCAAGGAGGAUAUCAUAGCCGACCUGCCGAAGCUGGAGGAAUUCAUUCCCGAGGAGUAUUUUCCGGACGCACUUCUUGUCCAUCGCGUCAAUCAUGAGCCCCGGAAGUACAAGCGCGUCUUGCCGAAGUUCGAGCGGGAUGACAUUGAGGAUGAACCAGAACGUCUCGGUACACUCUAUUUGAACGGCCCCAAACUCGGCGAGGGGCACCACUCAUAUGUGCGGCGCGCGCCCCUGAAGCUGCCCCCGCCGCUCAGCGCGUACGGCAAGCACCGGAUGGUGACUGUCGCUGCGAAGACGUCGUUCGUCCAUGUCUCCGCGCGCAAGUUCUUGCGGCACGAGGCGGAGAUCUUCAGCCUGUUCCCGCGGCACCUGCAAGAAGAGUACUGCGGCUACAACCUCGUCACGCCCAUCAAACACCCCGUUCCCGUGGGCGCCAUUGUGCCUAAGUUUUACGGGUACUAUGUUCCUGUGGAGAGCGACGGCUCGGCCCCGGACCGCAAGUAUGAGGACCACAAAGACGAUGACACGUCUCAAGGCAAAGGGACGAGCCCGAUUCUGCUGAUGGAAGAGUGCGGCGAGCCUGUCGUGCCGCAAAAGUUCAGCAUCGACGACAGAUCGGAGUGCUACUCCCUCAUGGCCCGUCUGCAACUCGCGGAGUUUCUCCAGGGCUCGAUGUAUGUGCGCAACAUCCUGUGGCAACCUGGUCCGCUGUGGAAGCCGCCGCAGGAACGCUCGCGGGAGACCCCGAGCUUCCGCAUCAUCGAUUUUGGGCGCGCCCUGCACUGGGAAGAGUACGUCAGCAAAGAGGAAGACGAGAAGAAGAGGGAAAGCAAGGCUAAGGAGUGGAAGGACCAAGCGAGCUAUGACCAGACUAGGAUCGAACGUGAAUUGCUCAUCAAGUUUUGGGAUUACUGAAACCAAUCAUCUUGCGCCGUCGGCGUGCUCUCCAAGUCUGGAUGCUGUGGCUUUGCUGUGACUCUCGUGUUGUACAAUACUUUGUUGUCGAUUGUAUAGUAUCUGUUGUUAACUAUUGUGUUCACGUCUUAUCCCUACAAUCAUCUGUCGCUUGCUAGUACGCUGGAGUCAUGAAUAACCACCUCUACUAAUACUACCGCUUUGUCCUGGACUGGACAGGAGCAUGCCCGCUG